AUGGACGAAAUUCACGAGAAUCAGUUAGGUGAAGUGUCACCUUGUCAGUUUGAACCUGUUUUAAACAAAAAUACUGGUAGCAGUGGGGCAGAAGCGAUUCCGAGAGCGAGUCAUCCUCAGAGACUCAGACGACGACUUGAGACUUCGAUGAAGCAUUCGAGGCUGAGAAUAGCUGGCGUCUUAAAUCGCUCAGUUGGUGCAAGUGUGGCCACUGUACCUUGCAAAACAAAGACAAUAGGAAGUUUUUGCUCGCACGAAAAGGCUUUAGAGUACGAUGAGUACGACCUUUAG